AUGCCUAGUUCGAUAUCGCUUGAUGAAGCUAUUGUCAUGCUGAGCGAGACAUUGAUUCUCACCUCACUCUUCCACUGGGGCCUCUUUGGCAUCCUCACCGUACAAAUGUUCCUAUAUCACAAGUCGUUUUCCCGGGAUAAGCUCGCGAUCAGAGUUGUGUUCUAUUCGAUCUAUAUCAUGGAAGCAUUGCAGACGGUUUGGGUAGCCAGGAAAGUGUACUUGUUUUGUGGAAGCGGAAGCAGAAACGCUAGUUAUGAUCUCCUGGAAAGCAUGAUUCGAGUGGACUGGGGAGACGAGGCUAUCAUUGUCAAAACAGGAAUUGUUGGGCUAUUAUGUCAAUGCUUUUCAGCAUGGAGAAUAUGGGUCUUAUCCAGAUCGAAGGUCAUGACGAUUUCAGUGGUCAUCCUGUCUCUGCUAAGCGCGGCAGCCACAGCGGCCUUCGCCGGAAGCGCAUAUAUCAUAGAAUUUUUAGUUUCAAUCGAUUCGAAUUCACUUCUGACCAGGGACAUUACCACGAUUCUAUGGACUGCAAGUUCGGCUCUCUGUGACACCAUAAUCGUGAUUUUCAUGGGAUUGAUCCUUAAAAGAUCGAAAGUAAAGGUACAACAGGGCACUAGGACGCUCAUAACCAAGAUCCUGUGGUUAACCGUGACAACGGGGGCAUUGACUGCAUUAAUGGCAUUGUUCGCUCUGAUUUUACUGGUUGCUCCGAUCGGAGCCGUUGGAGCAUGGCUCCCUGCCGCCAUGCUGAUAGGAAAGGUGGAGGCCAACAGCUACCUCGCCGUUCUUAAUUCCAGAAUUCGGCUUGGGAGUAGUGGAGACGAUACCCAUAAGCCAUACUCCGCCUUUGCCGUAGCAUCUGCUGGAUUUGAGGUGGAGUUGGGUAACUCGGUGUCUGAGUCACGGCACUCCGUACAGGUUCACGUUCAGCAGCGAGUGGAAGUCUCGCUCCCCGUCCUACCACCGUCCUUCCGAGAGGGAAGCGCGAUUGCGAUGGAUGAUACGAACAAUACGCAGGCGAUCGAGGUCUGA